AUGGCCGACACAUAUCACCCCAUAGUAGCAGUGGUCGACUUCCACCACCAGCGUGGUCCAGAAGUCGAGCGAUGGGUAGGAGUAGACCAAGGAUACGAUCCCGCCAUUGACAAUGACUGGCAGCUGCUGCCCUUUCUUGCCUUGUCUGAUGGUGCCCACGCUGCUACAGAGGACUUUUCCUACUUCACCCUGGUACUCAAAAGCACACCCGAACGUUCGCUCUUCGGCAUAAGCUGCACUCGGCAGCUCGACUCGAGGGAGUUGCUCCACAGGCCCGCCGAUGUCACUCGCAGCACCGUCCAGAAGGCAGUCGUCGUCAUUACCGAGAACCCACAAACAUUCGCCGCCAUACGAGAGAAGCUCAGUGUUGUGACAAGGGCUUGGUUUGCUCAAAAAGACUUUGGAGACAUCGAGAUCUUAGAGCGGUUCCAAGAGAGCUUAAACAAAGGCUUCGGCAGUCAGGAGGAUGAUAAAGAUCUCUACUUUGGCUUGUCCAUGCGCGAGCUGAUCCAUCAAUUCAAAUGGCAGACCCUGGUCCUUUUCAAAUGCCUGCUGUUGCAGCCAAAGAUGCUCUUCUUUGGUUCAAACUGUGAAAAGAUGUGUCUGGUUCAGUUCUCCCUCAUAUCACUCAUACCCACUCUCAUGCGCCACCUUCGCGAUUGUGCAGACCCUCGUAUGGAUUACUAUGCCACACACGUAGAGAAGCCUACCUCGCUGAGAACAAGCGAACGAGCUUCGCUUCUGGCUUACAUGGGAGUUCCUUUGCAAAUCUUCGGCAAGGGCAGUCUGUUUGGUCCCUACACACCGUUACAACAACUCGACACUCUAGCUGACCAAGAUACGAAAUCGUAUGUUGUUGGCUCUACUAACCAACUGCUGCUUCAACAGAAGGAUCGCUAUGCAGAUAUUUUGGUUAAUCUUGAUGACAAUACCAUCAAUAUAUUCUCGCCAUCUUUGCGCAACGCUUUGGCUCUGUCGACGGCAGAUAGGCGAUGGAUUGAUUUCCUCACUCAAUCUGUCAACGAUACUUGGGACGAGAAGAAUCCAAGCCGACCCAAGGAUAUGGGUUAUGCAGGCAGCGAAGAAUUCAUUCGCCUGCAGUUCGAAGAAUACCUCCUCUCUCUACUCUCGGCCUCGAAAUACAGCCGCUUCGUCUCUAACCACAAAGGCGACCCCAAAGCUCUACUCUCUGAAGUCGAAGGCGAUCCCUCUGUCGAGUUCGGCAGCGAGUUCAUGAAUCAAUGGGCCCUGACCGAGAACUUUGCUCUUUUCGAACGUACGACAGACUCGCAUCUGUUCGAUGUUGUAGAGCCGCGACACCCUUGUGCUGGUGGCUUGACAAUUGAAGACGUACAACGCAGGCUUGCUGCUCAAGUCUCAGAGCUGCAUCUGGACGAGCGUUGGAGAGGCAGUAAAGAAGCUAUGGGCAAACAUAUAUCAACCGGGCGUGAGCGUGUUGCUGGCGCCAUCAAUACACUCUGGGCCGAUAUUGAGGUUAUGCGAGAAGCUCAGCGCAAACGUGCCGAAGAGAGCAAAGCUGCUGCUGCCAACAAUCCAAGAACUUCUGAGGAGAAGCUCGCCCCAAGAGUGGCUCAAGCACAAGCAUCAGUCCAAGCAGCAUCCUCCCGCGCCGGUGCCUAUCUAUCAUCAUGGGGCGCUUGGGCGUCCGAGAAGCGCAAGAAUUGGCAGAAACCCGAGACCAACAAUGCCCCUACUGCGCCUACACCUUUAACUCUAGCUUCUACAGAGAUGUGGGCUGCCGACGAGUCCAGACCUGCUGUCACGAGUGUGUCGGAGUUGAGCAAAGAACGUGCCAUCCAACCCAAAGAGGAAGAUGCGGAGGAGGACGUACAGAAGACACAUCAAGAAGAUGUUGCGAAUCAUAUAGCGGCGGAAGAUCCUUGGGCGCAGGAGAAGAUUUGA